AUGAUAAUUCCAUGUAUUUGUAGUGAAAGAACUUUUAGUCAGCCAAUAGAAGAUCCAAUAGGAUUUAGUGAAGCACCUAAAAACAUUAUGUGUCCAAGAUGUCACAAAAUAGGUGAAAGUAGAUAUAGAAAAGAAGUUUAUAGGUGUGACAUUUGUUUUAUUUGUUGUCUUCCAUGUGGAUCAUCACCACCCUAUAUUGCUUGUUACAAUUGUGGACAAAAUUUAGGAGGAUUACAGCAACACAGAUGUCAUUCAUGUGACGUAAUAACAACCUACAAGUCAAGACACUGCCCUAACUGUGGUCAGAGAAAAGAAUAA